AAGACGUGACAUACUGCACAACUAAUAGUCCGUCCAUCUUGAGUCUUCACCAUGUAGGUCUGCUGCAAAACAAUCCCGUUUAUCUACCGUCCUUGGCUCUUUGAUCAAAAUGUAAUACUCACGAGACUAAAACAGGAAGCCAUCAAUGUCCAAUUCUAGGCUCCGUAAGACUUCAUCCUUGCGAGGGAGAGAGCUUUUGCCUAUAAACGACGACGACGAUGAAGAUGGAUGUCAUGGUCAUUCAAUUCUAAGAAGGCACAGUUCUCUCCCACCUAAGAGGAAGAAUGUACACUUUGCUGAUGGAUUUGGAAAGCCUUUAGUGUCUGUCUUUAGCGAGGAGGAAUAUAAUAUCCACGUUGCAAUAGCAGCAGCAAAACGAGAGUUGCAAAAUGCAAAGAAAUCCCUCAAGGUCUGCUUCGAGCAACCAGUGGCUUCAGAGGGCUUCAGGGAAAGAAUAGAAAAGCAGUUUGUUUGCUUGGAAAAUGCGGUAACAUCUCAAAAUUCUCUUAUGGGGACAAUCAAGGUGAUGAAUAUUGCUUUUCAUAAAGAGGUUUUUGUAAGAUAUACUUUGGAUUCGUGGAAUUCUCACACAGAUGUCAUGUGUUCAUACGUCCAAGACUCAAAUGAUGGAAUCACAGACCGCUUCUCGUUUGCUAUCACUAUUCCAGAGUAUUUUAUCGCUUCAGGAGACAGUUUUGAAUUUGCUGUUUGUUACAAAAGCGAUGGCAACGAGUAUUGGGACAAUAAUGGUGGUAUCAACUAUAGGGUCGAAUGCACAAGUGCAGUACAUAAUAAUGAAUCACACUUGAAUGGAUUUUAAAUUCCCACUAUAAACGUCUUUUGUUACGAGGUUCAAAAUGAAAGUCGAGGUGAGAAAAUAUAGUUCACUAAACUUGAAUAAUUAUUUUUGUGUCUUUGUGUAAAUCGUGACUUUAAAGAGCAUAAAAUGUUCACCUAUGUUCAGCUCUCUUUCCCUCUCUAUUUUUCCUAUAGGUAGGUUAAGUUGAUCAAAAACUGAUCGUUGUAAAUUAUUUACUUAAUUUAAAGUUAAUAAGCUAAUAGACAAACUAAGACCUAUUAGGAAUUCAAAUGGUUUCUCAAAGAAAUCGUAGUUGUUUCCACCUGAUUGUUAUAGAUGUUAAUGUUUUYAUGAAUGAGAUGAUUUAUUAUAGUUUAGUGAAAUCAAUAGUUUAAAAAUUUUGUACUUUAUAAUAUGAAUAAAUAAGUUAAAAUAA